CAGCGGCACAUUCUGACUCCAUAUGAUGAUGGUAUAGAACUCUCACCUGUAAUUGCGUCCGACAUGGCUGGCCCACAAAAGGCCUGGACGCUCAACAGCAUCAUCUGCGUCAAACUGUGCCGCCAUACGCGCUUCCAUAGCGGGAUAGCCUCCAUGCUGACUCCGUGACCCUGAUCGAUAGUGUUUGUUGGUGUGGUGGGAGGAGGGCCAUCGUCUGAAUUUGGAACAGCCGUCUUUGUGUCAGUCAUCAUGAAAGUGCUGGACGAUCCCCGCCCGGACGACGCGUUGAGUGAUUGGGGACAAGGAGAAAGAUGGCAAAAUCUUUUUUGUUUGGAACGGUCUCAGUAUUUAUAGACAUAGGCAUUGGGCUUUAGAGUAUGUCCCCUCAUAUCUGAACGCUAAGCUCGUGUCCGGAGCGUCUCGCGGCCAGGUGAAGGGUGGGUCUGUUCCCCAUGGGGUUCCUCUGAAGUCGAUGGAAGGUCCACGCGGGAAGAAAUACGCUGUACUUAUUCUUUCCGAUAAUCGCAUUGCGCUGAUAACGAUGUUUCUAAUCUUUCCCAUUUAUACUUCGUUCCUCAGCAGGAUCUCACACGGCCAACCACUAAGCGUUCAGCAUCUAGAAUCUGAUAAUGCACAGGCGGGGUUAAAUAACGGUUAUCAGAAGGCACAGGUAGGAUUUUGUACCCUAUCUCUUAUCUCCGGAGCCAGAUAGCAAAAGAGUGGGUCUCUUCCCCAUGGUGCAAAAAAGCCCGAAGCUUCAGUCUAAGGGAACGGAAGGUCCACGCGAAAGGAAAAA